GAUCUACACUCUUUCCCUUGCUUAUCCCAAGCAGCAACUUUCUGUGGGAAAGGUUUAUCUAACUCAACUUCCACCAUAAUCUUAGCUUCUCCUAUCAUAGUUGGAUCUAACCACGGUUUGUAAGAUAACAUUGGUUCUCCUACUCCUGAAGCAAUCCAUUCGAUUCCUAGGAUGGAAUAUAGAGUGCUGGGGAUGUUUUUGAGCGUGACCCAAAUCGGAAUUGAUGAAAUUUCAGGAAGGGUUAAAGUUUCCGAAGAAGCCCAAGGAGCAACAAACAUGAGGCAAUCAUCCACAUGCCAUAAACUACGCUGGAGAACAAAUUUUCUAGUAGAUUCAUCUGGGAUGUGGAAGAUAUAAGAGAAUUCACUAAUCUUCCUGACGAAAAUCUCACAUUUUCUACCCCAAAUCUUAUUCAGAACAGCAUACACUAACCCACCAGAUGGUACCAGACAGCGGUAAAACUGUCCUAUCACAUAUUCCCUAUGGUUUUGUAAACCAUGGAGUAGUACAUGAUCCGGAAUAUUUACCUUAGGAGUGCCAUCCUCCAUUUAUUCGGGUACUGUCACGCGAUGGAGAUUCCUUGUUUGUGGGUUCAUUCGAGCAGCCCAAGGAAACCGGGUCUUAUCAGUAGGAAGCUUUACUCUUUGAGUCGAGGAAGAAUCAACUCGUUUCGUUUGUUGCAUAGCCUUUGUUCUGUCUACGGAAGACUGAUUCUUCUUCCUACCUAUAUCCCUGGUUGAAAGAGCAGAGCUGGCCAUUCAGAGUUUUCCGCUGCAGGGCUAUCAGAAAACAAAGUUGAACUUUCUGUAGCUCCAGUUAUUAACAGCGGUUUAGUCCAAGCUCCUUGGAGCUGAGGCUAAGGCAAAGCAGGACCCGCGAGCACAGAAGAAGUAGCUUUUGAAAUCGUGUGGCCCACCUCCGUUAAUGCGUAUAUUCUCUUUCCAUGUUCAUCAAAUCUUGUUUUGAGUAUUGUUCUGCAAGAUUACUAAAACUCGAGCAGUAUGUAUUUGGAUAAAAGGAUACAUAGCGCUGCUUUGAGUGAUAGUGUCAUCUCAGAACCACUCUUUUCUCAUCGGUGUGUUUCAUUUUGAGAUUCCGAGUAUGAAGGCACAGUUACUCCUACGUAGAGCGUUUUGCUCAAGCGUCACUCCCAGUGCAAACGCUAAAAUUACUCAUCCCUCACGUACCAGCCAGAUUCAUGAAGCCAGGAAGCUUUUCGAUUCAUGUGACUCUAACUCAGUCUCUUCCUGGAACUCCAUGGUGUCUGAGCAUUUCACAAACCGCAUGCCUCGCGGGGCACAGCUUCUCUUCGACCAGAUAGGCGAGAGAAACAUCACCUCUUGGAACGGGUUGGUGUCCGGGUAUAUGAAUAACGGAGAGAUGGAGGAAGCUAAGAAAGUGUUUGACGAGAUGCCUAAGAAGAAUGAGGUACUUUGGACUAUGCUUCAAGACAGGAGAAACGAUGAUGCAUCUCAAGGUAGGAGGUGUGGUGAUGUUUCAGAACUGAGUAAAGGUAUAAGAAAGUCAACAGGUUGUAGCUGGACUGAAGUUGGAGAUAAGGCUCACACGUUCGCUAUGGGAGAUAUCCAUCAAGAGCAAGAAGCGAUUGUGAAGUUUCUGGAUGAAUGGGAUGUGUUAUUGAGAGAAGAUGGGUAUAAUCCUGAUUGCGAUGCAGAGGAGGGAGAGAGAGUUGAUAGCCUGAGUGGGAGAUAUCAUAGCGAGAGACUCGCGGUGGCUUAUGGUCUCUUGAAGCUACCAGAAGGAGUACCCCUCCGCAUCAUGAAAAACCUUAGAGUUUGUAAAGAUUGCCAUGCAGCUAUCAACCUAAUCUCUAAGGUGAAAGAGAAGGAUAUCAUUUUAAGAGAUGCAAAGAGAUUACGGGGCUGUUUGUUUCACCAUUUGUCAUCUCCAUCCAAAUGAUUCAUUUGUAUGAUCUAUUCAAAUGAUCCAUUCAGAUUUUUGUGAUUGUUUGUUUGUUCAUCCACAUGGUUCAUCUAGAUGAAUCAUCUAAAUGGAUUUUAUGUUUGUUUUUUUAUUUUCAUUUCCA